GAGGCAUCUGAACCUGCGUGCCUUUAAUAGAGGCCUUCUGGAAUGGGUGUGUGCGUGCGUGCGCGUGCGUGCUUGUCCGAGAAUGUUUACUCACCAGCGCCUGUGCCUAUUGGGGGGAGUAAGUGGGAGGGGGCUGCUGCUAGGUGAGGGGGAGCUGCAGGGCCUCAGUUGCCAAGUAGCUGGUAGUAUCUGUCAGCUGUUUGCACACUCUUUACCCAUAGGGGAUCUAUUACAAGUGCUCAAAUGAACAGGCAGCUUAGGAACUAGCAGCUUCCUGGGAGCUGCAAUUACAUAAGCAUAUAUAUUUAAUAUAAUUGCCGAACAAGUAGCAGCGUUAUGCCUGGAUCAGCCACAGUGAUCCGACAAGAGAGACUGAAGAAGACCCACGCAAGGACAAUUCCCCUUGCUCUGUUCACCAUUACCGAGGAAGAGGAGCUGCAGAAGACUGGAAAUGCCAGAAGACCCAAAGCGUCUGAUGGCUAUAAAGUACAAGAGAAGAGAACCGCCCCCAGCCGCCCCACUUCUACAGUUUCAGGACAAACUAGCAACCACUCAGGAAAUAAGCCAGAUCCCCCACCUGUGCUACGGGUUGAUGACCGGCAGCGUCUGGCCAGAGAACGCCGCGAGGAACGAGAAAAACAGCUAGCUGCACGAGAAACUGUCUGGCUAGAGAGAGAGGAGCGAGCCCGGCAGCACUAUGAGAGGCACCUGGAGGCACGGAAGAAGAAGCUGGAGGACCAGCGGCUGAAGGAGGAGAGGAGGCGGGCUGCGGUGGAGGAGAAGCGGAGGCAGAGGCUGGAGGAGGACAAGGAACGCCAUGAAGCUGUCGUCCGACGGACAAUGGAAAGGAGCCAGAAGCCAAAGCAGAAGUAUAACCGGUGGUCAUGGGGAAGCCCUCUCCAUGGGAGUCCAAGCAUCCACAGUGAAGAUCCAGACAGGCGGUCAGUUUCCACCAUGAAUCUUUCGAAACAUGUUGAUCCUGUCAUUAGCAAGCGGCUCUCGUCCUCAUCUGCGACUUUGCUAAACUCUCCAGAUAGAGCUCGCCGCCUGCAGCUCAGCCCCUGGGAGAGCAGCGUUGUUAGCAGACUUCUGACGCCCACACAUUCGUUCCUGGCCAGAAGCAAAAGCACGGCCGCCUUGUCUGGAGACACAGUUACCCCCGUUUGUCCUCGUUCAGCAUCUUGCAACCCCGUCAUCAUGCCCUUCAAAGCUGCACACUCUAGAAACCCAGUGGAGCGACCAAAACUCUUUGUAACACCGCCCGAGAGCUCUGCACGAAGGAGGACCAUUCACGGGACCGCGAGCCAUAAAAGAGAGCGAGAAAGAGAACACAUUCCCUUCCACGUUUCCCCUGGUGUCCGCAGGACUCUGUCUCCGUCGAAUCUCAAAGCGAGGUCACCAGCUCCGGCCCGCCUUUGGCUCCCAUCCAAGUCCAUGCCUCAUCUACCUGGUACUCCCCGGCCCGCAUCCUCCUUGCCUCCUGGCUCAGUCAAAGCUGCUUCCACUCAGGCCCACUCCUCGUCUCCUGGCAAUAUCCGCCCUGUCAAGAGAGAAGUGAAAGCAGAGCCUGAGAAAAAAGAUCCUGAGAAGAAAGUAACCAAUGAGCCCUCAAUAAAAGGCAGGGCGCCAUUAGUGAAGGUAGAGGAGGUCACGGUCGAAGAGGGGACACCUGUGAAGCCAACUGACCCUGCUGCUCCAGCCUCAGCCCCCGUUCCAGCCCCGGCCCCUGCUCCAGCUACGGACCCAGCCCCAGGCCCAGUACCGUUGUCCACUGUGACUGUUGGUGUAGCUCCUAAGACUUCUGCAGGCACCACCGACCCAGAAGAGGCUACAAGGCUGCUGGCUGAGAAGAGGCGCCUAGCCAGAGAGCAAAGGGAGAAGGAGGAAAGGGAGAGGAAGGAAAAGGAGGAGCUGGAGAGACAAAAGAUAGAGGAAUUGGCUCGAAGGGUGGCCGAAGAGCGGAGUCGCAGGGAAGAGGAAGCCCGCAGGCUGGAAGCUGAGCAGGCCCGAGAGAAGGAGGAGCAGGCGCUGCGUCUGGCUGAGGAGGAGCGGGAGCGGUGGGAGAGGGAGGAGGUGGAGCGCGUGCAGAAGCAGAAAGAAGAAGAAGCCCGAGCCAGGGAGGAGGCAGAGAGGGCUCGGCAGGAACGAGAGAAGCAUUUCCAGAAGGAAGAGCAGGAACGCCUGGAGAGGAAGAAGCGACUUGAAGAGAUUAUGAGAAGAACCAGGAGAACAGAGACAGCGGACAAGAAAACCACUGAGCAAAGAAAUGGUGACAUAGCCAAAGGAGUUUUCACUGGAGAGAGAGACGUAUCUGCACUGCCAUGUAUGAACUCUCCAGCAAGUGGAGAGUCCGCAGAGAGCCCACAUGGAGUCGCUUUACAGCAGUCAGAGGUAACCACAGAGAGUUCUCCAGAUUUGGAAAAACAGCCAAAUGAAAAUGGAAUGUCCGUACAAAAUGAAAAUUUUGAAGAAAUUAUAAACUUGCCUGUUGGAUCAAAAGCGUCCAGAUUAGAUGUCACCAAUGAAAGCCCAGAAAUUCCUUUGAAACCAGUUUUGGCCUUUAAUGAUGAAGGGACACUUGGGCCCCUACCUCAGGUAGAUGGUGUGCAGACACAACAGAUUGCAGAAGUUAUAUGAGCAUUUCCUCUGAAGAACCAAAGCAAACAUUUUCUACAACAGAUGGGAUUUCAGGCUCCAAAGGAGCGCCUCCUCCGCUUUUCUAAAGAGUUCUUGACCAUCAUUUUUAAGAGACGUAUUAAAGACAACUAAAGAUAACAGACUCGGUAGCUUCCCUAAUCAUUUCGCCAAGAGAAAGAAGUGCUCCUUAAUCUGAUACCCUGAGAUGGUAUUUUCCAACGUGUUCCUUCUUAGUAAAUCAAUAUUUUUCUGCGUUCUUAAGAAAAAAAAAAAAAA